CUCUCUCAAAUUGUCAUCUCUCUUGUUUUUCUUGAUUCCAAAUCCUUGAAUUCUAAGCUUCCAAUUCCAUUUUAUGCAUUUAUUUUAGUUUUUGAUUCGAAUUCCCCAAUUUCCUAUCCAAUUGACUGCAUCUUGGAUCCAAAUUCGUAAACCCUUGUGUUCAAUUUUUUGUUUUUUCUGAUCAUUCGGUCUGAAGCAGUUUGAUUUUGAUGGGUACGAGUGGUUAGGGUUUGGGGUCUAUGAUUUCCACGAAUGGGUGUUCUAGCAAGCAAUCGAAAGCGUGCGGAUGAUUGUUCCGGCUUCACUAGCCAGAAGAUAAACCAGAAUUCUCCAGAUUUUCGUGUUUUAAAGAAACCCAGAAUCUCGUUAACGCAGCAGAGCCCGGAGAAGCACAUUUGGUUUCCUAACGGUACAGUCUCAAGGCUCGCUCGAUACCCAGAAGCCAAGCCUCCGUUGCCCAGAGAAGUUCACGCCCCCUGUAAAAACCUCAAGUUUCGGCUCUCCGUGUCACGCUCCAAUCAAUAUUUGAGGCCGAAUUCAAGUGGGUAUAUUGAAAAAGAAGAUUUUUCUGCUGUUAGUAUUAAUACGAUGCGGAGUUUCUUGUGUCGCCAGUAUGAUAAUGCCAAAAAAAUGGCAUUGGAUGCGUUGAGGUACUCGAAGAAGGAUAAGGAGGUGAUUAUUGAGGAUAAUGAGCAAGGUGGAGAAGAAGCAGUGUCUGAUGAUUCUAGUGUCGAGGAGGUGGACGUAGAGGACAGACGGGAGAAGAUUGUAGAGGAGAGGAAUUUGCAGCCAUCUUCAUCUUCCGUGGUUACAGAGUUCAAUAAUGGGAGUCUAAGAGUUGAUAAUGCAGGAAAGAUGUUGGAUUCACUAUCAUUGGGUCAUGAGGGGGUCCAAUUUCUGAGUAUUGAAGCUUAUAAGAACUUACUGAACAGUGCAGAAAGGCGAAAUUUGAAGAUAGAUGAUUUGAAUUUUGAGAUUAAAUUGCAUGAGGAGAGAUGGGAUGCGCUUCGAUCUUUGCGGAGUUUGAAGAAACCAGUAGAGACCUUUGUGCCACUCACAGAGGAGGAGCUCAGUGAGGUUGAAGGUGCCUUUUCAGCUAAUCGGAGGAAUGUCUUGGUCUCUCAUCAGAACUCAAACAUUGAUAUUACUGGACAGGUUUUGCAGUGCCUGAGACCAGGAGCAUGGUUGAAUGAUGAGGUGAUUAAUGUGUAUCUUGAAUUGCUUAAGGAGAGAGAACGAAGAGAGCCGAAGAAGUUUCUGAAAUGCCAUUUCUUUAACACCUUUUUCUACAAAAAGUUAGCAGGUGAAAGUGGCUACAACUAUAAAUCUGUCAGAAGAUGGACUUCAGAAAGGAAGUUGGGGUACUUCCUCAUUGAUUGUGAUAAGAUAUUUGUCCCCAUACACAAAGAGGUACACUGGUGCUUGGCGGUUAUUAAUAAGAAAGAUCAGAAGCUCCAGUAUCUUGAUUCACUUAAAGGAAUGGAUGCUCAAGUGCUGCACACACUGGAAAGAUAUUAUGUUGAAGAAGUUAAGGACAAAUGUGGAAGAGACAUCAAUAUAAGUUCUUGGGAUCAUGAAUACGUUGAAGACCUUCCUGAACAGAUGAAUGGGUUUGAUUGUGGCAUGUUUAUGCUGAAGUAUAUAGACUUUUAUAGCAGAGGUUUUGGGCUUUGUUUUAACCAGGUAAGUGGUAGAGAACGGUUCUCAUAUGAUCUUAUGCAUGGCUGGUGCUUGUGUUUUUGUUUAUAAAGUUGAAACAUUUAGAUCCUAAGUGAUUAGUUCUUUUUUCUUUUUCUUUUUCUUUUUUGAGUGAUAUGUUGCAUUAAUAAUCAGAUGUGUGGAUUUAAUCAGCAUAAAAAAAUUGCAAUGUAUACUUUAGUCUUAAUGAGUUUAAAGUAAUGUUUAUGAUAGCCUUUGAACUGCCUGCCUUCUUCUAUGUCUUACAGGGAGACAUGCCCUACUUUCGGUUGAGGACAGCUAAGGAAAUACUGAGAUUGAGAGCUGACUGAAUGCGUGCAGCUGGUCUUUCAGUUAACAUGCUAUAGCACCCAUUUUGCAUUAGAUAGGGUAGCAUAUGCCCGCCUUGUCUUGGAUUGAUGAAAAUGCUUCCAUAAGGUCCUGCAGUGACAAAAACAAUGCACACGUAUCAGUUUCAUUGGACCAUCAAGGUUUUUGGUCAAAUGACUGACAUUGUUUAGGAGGAAUCAUCCAAAACUUGCAAGCGGUAAGCAGGAAAUAGGUCCUUUCAAAGAGUUUAUCUUGGAAAUAUAGUUUUUUUUUUUUUGCCCUGUGUUUUUAACGCUUUCUGUACAUGAAAGUUCUCUUCUUAUGUCUAACCACCCAAACAUUGGUUGUGCCUGCUUGAUGAAGGCAAGUGGUGAAGUGAAGCCUUUUAUAUCUCAUCCACGGUGUUUGAAACUUUUGCAGUUGUAACAGUUAUUUUGAGUAAAUAUAUAAAAUGAUGUGAUUACU